CCCACAUAACCCCCUCGCAUUCUAGCAUUCUUUACUAGCAUUCUAGCCGGUAACCGCAGCAGAAGCCUUCUAAAUUUUUCGAGUAUUUCGACCACGUGAAUCUCAAGUUCAAACAUUUCCAAAAUGGCAAAAAUCUCAAAAAAAAGAACCAUGUCCGAGGUCAAGUCCGAGGAAAAGAAAGUAGAAAUGAAAAAAACUCCAGUUGACGAAGGUUCACCUGUUAAAAAGCAAAAGCUCCAAAAGCAGGCCGAAACUAAAGUUGAACAAGUUAACAAAAAACAAAAAAAAAACAAAAACAAACCCAAUGCUUCUACUGGUAAUGGUGAAGCUAAGGCUCCAUUGAUGCAGAAGAAGAAUCAAACUGCCGAAGCAGUAAAAAAAGUUGAUGCUCCUAAAGUUGAAACUCCCAAAGCCGAAAACACACCAGCUCCAAAGAAAACUACUGAAAAUGGCUCUGCUGAAAAUGUUCAAAACAAGUCUCCAAAGAAAAAGAAUAAGAACAAGAAUAAGAAGAAGCCUGCUUUAAGCAAUGCAACAACUGAUACUGCUGAUGCUUCCAUGACUGAAGAAGAAAAACCAGCUGCUAAACAAAACAACAAAAAAGAUGCAGUAAAUGCUAAAAAAUCCGAGCAGGAUAAACCUGCCGCUAAGCAAAACAACAAAAAAGAUGUAAAAAAUAAUAAAAAAUCUGGACAGGAAAAACCAGCUGCCAACCAAGACAAAAAGAAAGAUGCUAAAAUUGCCAAAUUGAAGGAAAAGAAGGAAGAAAAAAUCCAAGCUCUCAAAGAAAACAUCAAACAAGAGGGAGGCAAAAAUAAGGUUGAGAAAAUGUCACUAGAAGAAAUGAAACAAAAAAUUGCUGAAAUUGAAAGUCGUGAAACUAUAUCUAAAACAGCAGUAAGAAAAUUGAGAGUGCUGAAAAAGAAAGUAGGAAUCAUGGAAGGAACUGCAAAUGAAUCUGUUAGUGAAGAAACACCAAUGGAAACUGAGAGCACUGACAAGCCAGUUGAAAAAACAAAAUUGGUCAAAGCCGUUGAAAAAAAAGAAGUGGUUCCAAAAAAAGUCGCUCAAUCACCAGAAAAAAAAUUAAGUAAGAAACAACAAAAACAACAGAAAAAAAAUCAGAAAGAAGACCAAGCUAAGCCCAGUUUUACUGAAGACAAAGAAGGUGAUAUGUCCAACUUGGCGCUAGAUGAAUCUGAAGAAGAUUCUGAUGAAGAAGAAGCAAAUGUAAGCAAUGGUGCUUCAAACAGUGAUGAAAAUGAAGAAAGUAAGGUUGAGGAAGAAGAGGACGAUGAAGAUGACGAAGAAGAAGAGGAGGAGGAAGAAGAAGAAGAAGACAAAGAUGAAGAAGAUGAAAAGAUUGAGGAGCCUGUGAAGAAACCUGUUGAAAAAGAAAACAAAAAGGAAAAGAAUAAGAAAGGAGAUGAAGCUCAAGGCAAAAAAACCAGAUUUGUUUUGUUUGUUGGAAACAUAAGUUAUGAGACGACUACUAAUGAUUUAAAAAAUCAUUUCUUGACUAAAUGCGAAGCAAUCAAGCAUGUUAGAAUUCCUCUAGCACCAGAAAAAAAUACUCCCAGAGGAUUUGCCUAUGUUGAAUUUGAUAAUGCUUCAGACUAUGAGAGAGCAUUGUCCAUGCAUGAAACAUUCUUAAAUGGAAGACAAAUCCGUGUUCAAUACACAAAAGGAGGCUCUAAGAAUGCGGGUAGAAAUUCAGAAAUUCAAGCUAAAAAUAAAAAACUUCAUUCUAUGCGUAAGGCGGGUGCUUUGCAAGGAAGUCAGAAAGAUACCCAAAAACGUAGUUUCCGAAGAAAUAAGGCCCAAAACCAAUAAGUUUAAGUUGACGCAAUGAUUAUUAGCAAUGGAAUUUUUGUCUCAACUUUUUUUAUUUUUUCUACACACACUUUUUUAUUAUAAUAAUAAGUGUUAAUUUUUAUAGCUGCACUAUAUCUGUGUCAAUUUUUUGGCAUUCCUAAGUAUGUACAUAAUAAAAUGUAGAACCAUUUUUCAAUCUUACGAACUUCAACAAAAAUGAUCAUUUAAAUAUAAUAUUUGACAUGUAUAUUAGUUACAUGUAAUAAAAAAUUACUUAUGAAAAUAA